CAGUUUGUUUUGUUCAGUGUUCAGUGCUGAUUGCUGACUGGAGAGGAACGUAAUGCAGUAUUAUAAAUCAAGCUGCUUGCAUUUGCAUCGAAUAUUUGCAAUGAAAAUACCGUUCCAUUUAUGAUUUAUAAUUCGUGGCAUUUUGAUAUCUUCAAAAACGGGUAUUUUCAAUAAAGGCUUCGAUAAUGGGUAAGCCCUCGCCGACCGAUUCCUACACUGUGGCACCGAUUCAUCAUCAUGUUGAGCUGCUGGAUCAGUGUGUGGAGUUGAUAAACUCAGAAUGGCCCCGAUCCUACACGGCCCGUCUUUGGAGUUUAAAGUCAUCCAAGGACACAUUGCCAACCAGUAUGGUGCUCAUCGACAGCGCAGAGAACGAUAAAUCAACCGUCCUAGCGCACGCCAAACUAUCUCCGAUUCCAUCCGACGCCGAAGCAGUCUUCAUCGAAACGGUCGUCGUUGAUCGAAGGUACCGUGGUAAAGGCUUGGGGAGAACUCUAAUGCGUGCAGUGGAAAACCACUGCUUCGAAACGCUGCGCCUUAGAACUAUUUAUCUUUCCACUAUCGAUCAGGAGGGUUUCUACGCUAAAAUAGGAUACAGUUAUUGUAAAGCUAUGAACAUGUUCGGCACUCGCAGCGCAUUCAAUACAUCAACCAAGAAAAUAUGGAUGAUGAAAACACGUAACGAUUGGAAUUCCAGCACUAGUGCCUAGAGUUAGAAAACGACAUAUGUAUCAUGUGUGUAUAUAUAAGUGAACGGCGUACAGAUCGCCGAUGUAGAUGAUUUCAUUAUUUGGCAGCAUUUGUCGCAAACAGCCUGAUUUGUGGCCAAAAGAAUUAGCUUUUACUUGUGUAUUUAAAUAAUUGUAUGUGGAGUGAUACGAUCAAAUAACAUGUAGAUUGCUUAUAACAAUUUUUGUAAAUAAAAUAAAUUACAAUCAUGGGGUUAUAUUUUUUUCGAGACGGUACAACCCAAACAAA